AUGGAUCAGCAACGAUUCCUGCAGCAAUUGCAGAUUGUUCUCGACCCCUCCCAGGGCAACGUUAAGGAAGCGACCGGCGUCCUGCAGAAGGAAUUCUACAGCCAGCCCGAGUCUCUUGUCCUCCUCAUCCAGAUCGCCACCGCUCACGAUGACUCUAACCUCCGUCAGCUCGCCGCUGUCGAGUCCCGAUCCCUCGUUGCGAAGCACUGGUUGAAGGUGGGCAAUGAGCAGAAGCCUCAGGUCCGCGAGCAGCUGCUCCGCUCUACCAUGGGCGAGAGCUCCUCGCUGGUCCGUCACUCCAUUGCUCGCAUCAUCUCCGCUAUCGCUAAGAUUGAUCUGAACGAUGGUGAGUGGGGUGAUCUCCCCAACAUCCUCCUCCGGGCUGCCGACAGCGGUAACCAGGAUGAGCGUGCCGUUGCCAUCUACAUUCUCUUCACCAUCCUCGAGACUCUGGGCGAGACCUUCGAGGAGAAGUUCCAGGAUCUUUUCACCCUAUUUGGCAAGACCAUCCGCGAUCCCGAGAGCGCCGAGGUUCGGAUCAACACCCUGCUCGCUCUGAGCAAGCUUGCCAUGUACAUUGAGCCCGAGCUUCACGCCGGCCCCGUCAAGGCAUUCCAGGACAUGGUCCCCUCUAUGGUUGCUGUGCUCAAGGAUGCCAUUGACCAGGGUGAGGAUGACCAGAUCAUGCAGGCCUUCGAGGUCUUCCAGACCCUUCUUGGCUGUGACUCCGCCUUGUUGAACGUCCACCUCAAGGACCUUGUCAUGUUCAUGAAUGAGCUGUCCGCCAACACCGAGGCCGACGAGGAUGUUCGCACCCAGGCUAUCAGCUUCCUUAUGCAGUGCAUCCAGUACCGCAAGGUCAAGAUCCAGGGUCUGCGCGUUGGUGAGCAGCUUACUCGCACUGCUCUGCACAUUGUCACCGAGCUCGACGACGACUCGGCUGCCGAUGAUGAGAUCACCGCCCCCCGCUCCGCUCUGGCCUUCCUUGAUUUGCUCUCUCAGAGCCUUCCUCCCAGCCAGGUCGUUGUUCCCCUGCUCCAGGCUCUUGGCCAGUACUUCAACAACUCUGACCCCAACUACCGUCGUGCCGGUAUCCUGGCUCUCGGCAUGUGUGUUGAGGGUGCCCCUGACUUCAUCAGCACCCAGAUGAAGGACAUCUUCCCCAUGGUCUUGCAGCUCCUUGCCGAUGGAGAGUACAAGGUCCGCAUGGCUUCCUUGCACACCGUCGCUCGUCUGGCCGACGAUCUUGCUGAGGACCUCUCUGCUGAGCACCAGGCCCUCAUGCCCUUGCUCUUCCAGAACUUGGCCAGUGCCAUGCAAGAGUACAAGGGUGAGGAGGAGGGCCCUAUCGUUGAUAUCCUUAAGGCUGGUAUCAGCGCUGUGGAUGCUGUCGUUGAUGGUCUCGAUGAGAAGGAUGUUGCUCCCUACCAGUCUGAGCUCGUCCCCAUCCUCCACAACCUCUUCAAGCACCCCGACUUCAAGAUCAAGUCCCUUGCUGCCGGUGCUCUUGGAUCUCUCGCUUCCUCUGCCAGUGAUUCUUUCCUCCCAUUCUUCGAUGAGUCCAUGCACCUUCUGCAGGAGUUCGCCGCUGUCAAGGAUAGCGAAGCUGAGCUCGACCUUCGCGCUAGUGUCACUGACGCCAUGGGCGAGAUGGCUGCUGCUGCUGGCCCCGAGCGCUACCAGCCUUACGUGGAGCCUUUGAUGCGCGCCACUGAGGAGGCUCUGAACCUUGGCCACUCCCGCCUGAAGGAGAGCACCUACAUCUUCUGGGGUGCCAUGGCCAAGGUCUACGGCGAGCACUUCUCUCCCUUCCUUCAGGGUGCUGUCAACGGUCUCUUCGCCUGUAUCGAGCAGGACGAGACUGAGCUUGAUGUCGCCCUUGGCGAGGCUGCUAAGGACCUCGUUGGCCAGGAGGUGACCGUUGCCGGCCGCAAGGUCAAGGUUGCCAGCGCUGACGAUGAUGAUGAGUUCGAGGGCGAGAUCGAGGAUAUCGAGAUCGGCGACGAUGAGGAUGAUUGGGAUGACAUCACCGCCACCACUCCUCUCGCUCUUGAGAAGGAGAUCGCCGUUGAGGUUAUUGGUGACCUUGUUACCCACACCCGCAGCUCCUUCUUGCCCUACUUCGAGAAGACCAUUGAGCAGGUCAUGCCCUUGGCCGACCACCACUACGAGGGUGUUCGCAAGAGUACCAUCAGCACCCUCCACCGCUCCUACGCCAUGCUGUUCGCUAUUGCCGAGGAGAACGGCCAGAUGGCCAAGUGGCAGCCUGGUCUUCCCUUGCAGGUCCAGCCUGCCAAGGAGGUCCAGAAGUUCGGUGAGAUCCUCAUGACUGCCACUAUCAAGAUGUGGACUGAGGAAGAGGACCGUGCUACCGUCGCGGACAUUAACCGCAACAUGGCCGAGAACCUGCGCUUCUGCGGUCCCGCCCUCAUCGCCGAUGAGAGCGUUCUCACCAACGUUAUCCACCAGAUCACCGACAUCAUCAGCAAGAAGCACCCUUGCCAGAUGGAGUUCGAGGAUGAGGAGGAAACCGAUGGUCCAGAUGAGACCUCCGAGUUCGACUGGGUCGUCGUUGACACUGCCCUCGAUGUCGUCUCUGGCAUGGCUACUGCCCUUGGCGCCAGCUUCGUUGAGCUGUGGAAGGUGUUCGAGAAGACCAUCCUCCGCUACGCCAGCUCCAGCGAGUCUCUUGAGCGUGCUACCGCUGUCGGUGUUCUCGCUGAGUGCAUCAACGGAAUGGGCGCUGCCGUCACCCCCCUGACCUCUACCCUCCUUAAGCUGCUGCUGCACCGUCUUGGUGACGAGGACCCCCAGACCCGCUCCAACGCUGCCUACGCUGUUGGUCGCCUGGUUGAGCACUCCGAGGCUGCUGACGAGAUGGCCAAGGCCUACCCCACCAUCCUCAGCCGUCUUGAGCAGUGCCUCCAGAUGGACGUUUCCCGCCUCCAGGACAACGCCACUGGCUGUGUCUCCCGUAUGAUCCUCCGCAACCGCGAGGCUGUCCCCACCAAGGACGUUCUGCCCGUCCUGGUGAACAUCCUUCCCCUCAAGAACGACUAUGAGGAGAACGACCCCUUGUACCGCAUGAUCUGCCAGCUUUACAAGUGGGAGGAUGCUACCAUCCGCGAACUCACCCCUCGUCUUCUGCCCGUCUUCCAGGCUGUUCUUGCCGACGAGGACCAGCUUGAGGAUGAGCGCCGCGCCGAGCUCAUUGAGCUCGUCAAGUGGCUUAACCAGAUGCAGCCUGGCUCUGCCCCCUGGGCUGAGCAGCUGUAA